UCCCUUUCAUCCUCAUUCCAAGCAAAAAUCAACCUCCCUACCCAAAAAAUAUUAUAUUUUUCGUCGGUCCGAUUUUUUGGGCCAAAAAAAAAAAAGUUGGAAUACAAUGUCGAAUUUAAUCAAUAUAUCCCCAAGAAAAUUAAGGUCGGAUCUUUAUUCAUAUCAAGAUAUACCGGAUAUGCCCUUAGUGGUAUCGGUCUUAUCGGCCUUGAUCGAGCGACACAUGGCAAGAAACGAGAGGAUAAAUCGAAAUUGCAAAAGGGUAAUAAUGUCAAAAGACACAAGAACCCGAGUAUUUGAUGCCUAUGAAGCACCGGAUAUGACUAUACAAUCAUUUUUAGAACGUAUAUUUCGUUACACAAAAGCCGGACCAUCAGUUUAUGUGGUUGCCUAUGUAUAUAUUGAUAGAUUAUGCCAAAACUACCCCGGUUUCAAGAUUAGUCCUAGCAAUGUACAUAGACUUCUCAUUACUACUAUCAUGGUGGCUUCCAAAUAUGUUGAGGACAUGAAUUAUAGAAAUUCAUAUUUUGCAAGAGUAGGAGGAUUGACAACCAAGGAAAUGAACAAAUUAGAAGUGGAUUUUUUGUUUUUGAUGGGAUUUAAAUUACAUGUGAAUGUGAGUGUUUUUGAGAGUUAUUGUUGUCAUUUGGAAAGAGAAGUGAGUAUUGGUGGAGGAUAUCACAUUGAGAAGGCAUUGCGAUGUGCUGAAGAAAUCAAAAUUGGGCAAUGUGUUGAUAAGAGAUAUGGUCAAAUUGCUCGUAUUACUUUGUAAGAAGGAAAAAAUAUUGCAAUUUUGUGGAGUGUAGUGUAUAGUUUUUGUAUAUUUGUGUAGAAUUUCAUGUAUUUAUCUUGAGUGUUUUCAGAGUUUUUGCUCGAAGAAAUUGAAAGAGUGAAACAUACAAUGGAACAGGGGAUCAAUAAUGGUGUGGCCCCACUUUUCCUAUUACUAUCAUGGUUAAAAGAAAGAUUUUUACUUGACUAAA